CUUAAAAGUUGCUUCCGCAAACAAUAUGACAGUCUAAAGAGCGAUGUACUAAAUUCAUACGUUCGGCAGAAAUUUCAAUCUUACUCUAAAUAAUUUGAUGCAUUUUACUAUUUUUUACAUCGUGACCUUCUUGUUAACAUGUCGUUGUUCGACUGCAAACGGCGAGAAUGCUUGCGGUUCCUUAAUGGAGUGGCUCCGGUCCACUACCGUUUCAGUGGAUGUCAAGAACAAGGGUUUCCACAGGGAGGUAGAGACCACGGUUGAGCUUCACCAUGAUGCGUUCAAGGACAUCAGAGUUUUGCUGCUUUAUAAAUGGCCCCGUGGCGUCUAUGUGGACCCCUACCAGCUCUCUUUCCUGGCUGAAAAAGUUGACUGGCAGAUCUUAGUAGACUCGGCUAUUGAUCUGGAGGUUCCUGCGCACCAGGCUUCAGGAUUCGUCACGUACGUUUACCCCGCCCUCAGCGAGCGGCCGAAAGUCACCAUUCCAGUCCACGGCCGCUAUCACCGGCCCUCCUUCGCCGGGAAAGCGUUUGAAUCCGUCACCAUAGAAGCCCCGCGGCUGCUUUUGCGGACAGAAGAAUGUUCAAAGUGGGACAAUUUAGAGCCGCACACUGUGAUGGAAGCCCCCUGCACCGCUGACAAUGCAAGCACGUGCCUGUGGAUUGACGUGAACCAACAGAAGCACGGCCAUGUUCGCUUGCAGCUACCGAUAGGGGACGGGUCCUCGGUGAGAGCGGUAUGCACGAUAACGCUGCUGGUCACCAUCACGUGCUGCCUGGCACUCUCCAAGUACAUGUGGAAGCAUCGCCUCGGUUAAGGAAUCACUCUGCUUUUUGUGCUCGGUACAGAUUCACGUAGAAAAAAACCUAGUUUCUGAAUAAUAAACAAUGUGUUUAACUAGGGAUGUCCGAUAAUGGCGUUUUGCCGAUAUCCGAUAUUCCGAUAUUGUCCAACUCUUUAAUUACCGAUAUCAACCGAUAUAUACAGUCGUGUAAAUAACACAUUAUUAUUAUUAGGGAUGUCCGAUAAUAUCGGCCUGCCGAUAUUAUCGGCCGAUAAAUGCGUUAAAAUGUAAUAUCGGAAAUUAUCGGUAUCGGUUUUUUAUUAUCUAUCGGUUUUUUUA